AUGUUACGCAAUCGUAUUGUCUGUGGUGUAUUUUCAGAAAAGGUAAAAGAACGACUUUUGAGAGACAAUCAACUCACACUUGAAAGGGCCGUAACUGCUUGCAGAGCCAGUGAGGAGUCACAACAAAUGUUAAAAAAUCUAAACACAGAAGAAGUCAACGCGGUACACAAAAAUCAUCGUGAUAAACAAAACAGACCCCCCAAGGAACAUUAUACAAAUAGACCAACACAUAGUGCAAGGGGAGGUAACAAGAAACAGUCAGUCAGGGGAGACAACUCCAACCACAGCAAACAACAUGUAAAACAAAAACUAUUUCAGUGUGGACGUUGUGGCACUAAACACGGAUAUCGGAAAUGUCCAGCAUUUGGUCAAAUAUGUGAUAAAUGUAAGGGAAUGAAUCAUUUCGCUCGACAGUGUAAAACUAAAGUGGUACACGCGAAUGAGGCAGUGGACAUGGAAGGAUUCGAAGACUUGUUCAUUGGUGCAGUACAUAAUCACAAAACAGAGGUUGGAACUAAUGAAGCUUUCGCAAAUCUCAACAUCAAUGGAACAAAUGUCAGGUUCAAAUUAGACACGGGCUCCCAGGCCAACAUUAUAUCGGACAAGUUGUUCAACUGUCUAAAUGUAGAACCAAAAACCAAAUUAUCGGACACGGCAACGCGACUAUCGAGCUACACUGGCAACAAAAUACCCAUAAAGGGGAAGUGUAGGCUCCAAUGCCUAAAUGAAAACGUUGAAUUCUACGUUGCAAGGGAAGACACAGUCCCAUUACUUGGAUUCAAAUCAUGUCAAGACCUUGGGCUAGUAAAAGUGGUCAUGAUGACUGAAAAGGUUACUGAGCCGUCAGUGGAUAAACAGGACCCUACUAGCAAGUUUCUGGAAAUAUUUAAAGGAUUAGGUUGCCUUAAGGAGCCAUACACCAUCAAAGUUGACAAAAGUGUAACACCGGUUGUAAACCCACCACGUAAAAUCCCUGCAAAUCUACGCGACAAAUUAAAAAUCACACUCAACGAAAUGGAGAAAAAUGGUGUCGUGAGAAAGGUUGAUGAACCCACUGACUGGGUCAGCUCCAUAGUGCUAGUGGAAAAGCCCAAGUCAGGCAAGUUAAGAGUGUGCCUCGACCCGAGGAAUUUGAACAAGGCCAUAAAGCGUGAACAUUUUGAGUUACCAACAAUUGAAGAUAUCACAACGCGAAUGUCAGGUGCUAAAAUCUUUACUAAGCUCGAUGCCAACAGUGGUUAUUGGCAAAUCCCUCUAGAUGAGCCUAGCCAACUCUUGACAACCUUUAAUACACCUUUCGGCAGGUACUGUUACCUACGCAUGCCGUUUGGCAUAAAGAGUGCGCAAGAAGUUUUUCAGAAGCGUAUAGCACAACAUUUCGAUGACAUUGAAGGUGUCGAAGUGGACAUAGACGACAUACUUGUGUUCGGAAAGGAUAACGCGGAGCACGAUGCUCGUCUCGAUCGUGUGUUGCGGAGGUGCGAACAGAUAAAUCUCACCUUGAACAAGGACAAAUGCAGGUUCAGCGAAAAUGAGGUCACAUAUAUAGGUCACAGACUGUCUGCCGCUGGUGUAAAACCAGAUCCAGAAAAACUGAGUGCAAUUACUGAGUGCAAUUACUGA